UCUCUCUCUCACACACUCACACACACACACACACACACACACACACACACACACACACACACACACACCACAUUUUAUUUGAUGUACUGAUUAACAAAUAAAGCAUCGAUGUUAUUUAGGAACAAAACCGACAUUUUUUCUGGGACAUUUCUCUUUAAACAAACCUGAAACCGAAACUCAUCCCUUGGCUGUUUGUGCGCAUGCGCGGGUCUCUGUCUCGUCUUCCGGAGUCAGAUGUGUUUUUGUUGUCAGUAUCUUCAUGUGACCAACAGACCGACUACACAGAAUGAGUGACCAAGAUCAAAUUAUGAAGGACUUCCUUCUUCCUGAUCUCAGCAAAGAUGGGUCAGAGACUUAUAUCCAGAAGAUCAGAAAUGUUGCUUUAAAACACAGCCAGUCAUCGAUUCAACUGAAAAAAUACAGUGUGAAGGUGGGAUCUUUGGCAGUAACAGCAUAUAAAGAUGAACCUAAGAUGAAAGAGGAGUGGGAGAAGUUCUACCUCCCAGAUCACAUGUACAUGGAGGUCAUUGGUGUUGUUGAGAAGUUCUCUGGUCACCUGCCCAAUGAUGGUCUGGUGCUGAUGGUAUGUGAGGAUGGAAAGGUGUUUGCUUAUAACGAUAACACACUGUAUCACAUCAAUAACAACCUGAAAGAACUAUUUGUACAUGGUUUCAAGUUACCAGGAAUUAAAAGUUACUACCAUGGUCAAAGCUUUGAGGACAUGACAGCAGAAGAUUGGGACAAGAUAUGGAAAUCCAAAGAAGUGAGAGAGAAGAACCUGAUGGAGCAGCAGAAGUUUCUGGAGAGUAUGAAGGAUUCGUUUCUCACCAACCUGGACAUCAUCUUUGAGAAAAAGCAAGAAGAGCCGAGUUCUUCUGGUGGGAGAGCUAAACCAAUUCCUGUUCUGUAAAACAGAUCCAGAAUAUUUCAGAAUAUCGUCGCUGUCAGGCGGAAUCCUCUUAUCUCCAAAACCGUUAUUUUUCAGGAAAUUAAAAAAACGCUGUACCUUAUCUGCAGUGCACAGGGUUUAGUCCGCGUUGCAGUGGAUUGUCUUUCGCUAAAUUCCUGUCCUCAGACGAGCACCAGAACUAGCGGGGGUCAAGAUUUUUUUUUUCUUUGAGCCCAGUGUUUUGAAGACAUUUACCUCAGAAGACGUGUUGAUUCGUAGCGACUCUUCUUGAGGAGAAAGCUCUCCCACGGAGUGAGGAAGAGGUGGACAGUUGAAGUGUCCAAUGGAGUUAUGAGAUUUGCGCUCAAGCUAUUUUCAAGACUUUAGAUUGGUUAAUAACUUGUAAAAAUAACAGACCCACGUGGGGACUGACCAAUAGCAUCCAUAUGUGAAAAAAUAUGAAAUUGACCAAAUUUGGACAUACAAGGUUUCCGCCCGACAGCGACGAUAUAUACACUGCAAAAAAUGCAUCUCUUGAAACAAGGAGGCUGCAUCCAGCAGGAUGAACUGAUUCCAAGGCUAACUCAGUCACACACACACACACACACACGUACAUUUUAUUCUGUAAAAAAACAG